GGUCUGCAGACAGUGAUGGCCGCUGCCGGGCUCCACGCCGCCGACCCUCCCAGUGAAGAGGAGGACAAAGAAGAAGAGGCGGCUUUUGGGAAUGUCUUUGCAGAGUUAGAAUCGGUGGAGCUGCCUUUAGGAACAUCCUUAAGGUCUAUUUACGAUGACCAGCCCAACGCCCACAAGCGCUUCAUGGAGAAGCUGGAUGCCCGGAUCAGGAACCACGACCGCGAGAUUGAGAAGAUGUGCAAUUUCCACCACCAGGGCUUCGUGGACGCCAUCACGGAGCUCCUCAAAGUCCGCGCCGAUGCCGAGAAGCUGAUGGGUCAAGUGACGGACACUAAUCGGAGACUGCAGGAGGCCGGGAGGGAGGUGACGGCUCAGACGGAGGAGGUGAUCCGCUGUCGGGUCCAGCAGAGGAACAUGGCCACCACGGUGGAGAAGCUCCAUCUCUGCAUACCAGUGCUAGAAAUGUACAACAAGCUAAAGGAGCAGCUGGAGUCCAAAAGGUACUACGCUGCUUUGAAAACCAUGGAGCAGCUGGAGAAGGUUUUCAUCCCCAGGGUAAGCCAGUACCGGUUCUGUCAGAUCAUGGCUGAGAACCUGCCCAGACUGAGAGAGGACAUCAAGGACAUCUCCAUGUCCGACCUCAAGGACUUCCUGGAGAGCAUCCGAAAGCACUCCGACAAGGUCGGACACACCGCCAUGAGACAGGCACAGCAGCACAGGACCUUUAACAGUGCAGUAGCCAAGCAGGCCAACAUGGGCCACUACACCAAGCCCGUGUACUCCCUCAACGGACGCACACACUCUCACUCUCACAACGGCCGCCUGCUGAUGGACGACGAGACGGGAGACGAGGAGGAAGCUGACGAAGAGAUUCUCACAGCCCAGGACCUGGUGGACUUCUCCCCCGUCUACAGGUGUUUACACAUCUACACUGUGCUGGGAGACCGAGAGACCUUUGAGAACUACUACAGGAAGCAGAGGAAGAAACAGGCCCGGCUGGUGCUGCAGCCACAGGCCAACAUGCACGAGACGGUGGAAGGCUACAGAAGAUACUUCAAUCAGAUAGUCGGGUUCUUUGUGGUGGAGGACCACAUCCUCCACGCCACACAGGGUCUGGUGACCAGAGCGUUCACUGAUGAACUGUGGAACAUGGCCCUGUCCAAGAUCAUCGCUGUGCUGCGCACACACUCGUCUUACUGUGACGACCCAGACCUGGUCCUGGAGCUGAAGAACCUCAUCGUCAUCUUCGCUGAUACCCUGCAGGGUUACGGUUUCCCUGUCAACCGGCUGUUCGACCUGCUGUUCGAGGUCAGAGACCAGUACAACGAGACUCUGCUGAAGAAGUGGGCGCUGGUGUUCAGGGAGAUCUUUGAGUUGGACAACUACAGCCCCAUCCCCGUGGAGACGGAGGAGGAGUACCUCCUGGUCGUCAGCCGCUUCCCCUUCCACGACGCCGAGAUAGAGAAGCAGGACUUUCCGAAGAAGCUGCCCAUGUCGCAGUCGGUCCCUCAGAUCUACACACAGGUCAAAGAGUUAAUUUACGCCAGCCUCAAGUUCUCCGAGUCGCUCCACCGGAGUUUUACAGAGAUUGAUGACAUGUUGCGGAAAUCCACCAACCUGCUUCUGACAAGGACGCUCAGCAGCUGCCUGCAGAACCUCAUCAAGAAGCCCCACAUAGGGCUGACGGAGCUGGUGCAGAUCAUCAUCAACACCACCCACCUGGAGCAGGCCUGCAAGUAUCUGGAGGAGUUCAUCACCAACAUCACCAACGUCUCCCCCGAAAUGGUGCACACCACCAGGCUCUACGGCCUGUCCACCUUCAAGGAUGCCCGUCACGCUGCAGAGGGAGAGAUCUAUACCAAGCUCAACCAGAAGAUCGAUGAGUUCAUCCAGCUGGCGGACUACGAGUGGGGCAUGGCUGAGUCUGACGGCCGCGCCUCUGGAUACCUCAUGGACCUGAUCAACUUCCUGCGCUCCACUUUCCAGGUCUUCACUCAUCUCCCGAAUAACAACAAUGAACAUGCUUCGAUGUCGGGCAAAGUGGCCCAGACGGCCUGUAUGUCGGCCUGCAAGCAUCUGUCCACAUCGCUGAUGCAGAUGCUGCUGGACACAGAACUCAAGCAGAUCAGCAUGGGGGCCGUGCAGCAGUUCAACUUGGACGUCAUUCAGUGUGAAUUGUUUGCCAGUUCGGAGCCGGUCCCCGGCUUCCAAGGAGACACCCUCCAGCUGGCCUUCAUCGACCUGCGACAGCUCCUGGACCUGUUCAUGGUGUGGGACUGGUCUAUUUACCUGGCCGACUACGGCCAGCCCACCUCCAAGUACCUGAGAGUGAACCCAGCCACCGCCCUGGCUCUGCUGGAGAAGAUGAAGGACACCAGUAAGAAGAACAACAUCUUCUCUCAGUUCAGGAAGAACGACCGAGACAAACAGAAACUGAUAGAGACCGUGGUGAAGCAGCUGAGGAGCCUGGUCAACGGCAUGUCCUCCUAAACACACACACACACACGCACACACACACACACUGAACUGCCAAGAUGCUCACAGAGGAAGAAGAUGUUCACACACAUGACAUGAAGAUGACAUGCGGGGAAUUUACACACAAACACAUGGACACAAAAAAGGGACAGACAGGCCGCUUACACACACACACAAACACACGCACAUGAAGGCACAGCAAUACACUCACUGUACAAGGCGUGCAGGGAACACACACACACUGAAGACGAUGUAAAUAACACACAUACGCUGAGCUCGUUACUCUUCACAGUGACGAGCGUAAAGUAUUUUUAAUGGCGAUGAUGAGACAAGCUAAGUUUUGUACAUUAGUGAGAGAAGAGUGACGCAGAGGAGUGAACAUGCGGCGCAGGAAGAGACUGGGACAAUGAGGUCAAAGGUCAACGUCUCCAUCACAGCUCCAUCACAGCUUUUUUAAUUGAAGUUGAGCGUUGUACAAGAAGACAAAUGGUAUAUAUAUUUAAAAAAUGAACAAUUUAGCUUUAUUCUUUUUUUAUUUAAUAAUCGAUGUGUCAAAGUAAUAAUGGAGCAAUCGAUUAUCAAAGACUCAUUGUCCCAAUACUUUAACUGUUGCUCCUGACACUCAGUGCAGCCGAGCUCCCGGAGGAGUGGAGAAGUGAAUGAUGACGUCUCAGGAGACUGAUGUUCAUGAAACCAGAGCGACGCUGCGCUGACCUCAUGGCAGCUCUGCCUCGCGUCCAGCAUUCAGACUGAGCCCGUGAGGCGGACCCUCCCAGUGCUGAACCUGGAGGGUCUCUAAGGCCUUUGACACCCUGAUUGUGGUCUGAAUAGUAUAUAAUAAUAUUCUCUGCACGCAAGAAUGUCAAAGACGGCUUUUUAGAUGAUUUUGUCCGUCUUGAGCGACGCGACACGGCAACUGACCAAACGCGUCACCACAACGCACACGCCAUUGGUCAAUGCAGGCUGUGGUACUGGACUGUAGGUCACUGGUGGACACAGCUGGGUGUUGGGCAGCCACGGCCUCCAAGGAGCUUACGGAGGUUUUGUUUGUCGUAGUGACCGCUGCAUGAGGCCAUCUCAUUGGAGGGUGUGCAUGUGAUGUCAUCACGGUCACAGGAAACUGACCCGAUGCUAACGCUGUGGAGUAAAUGCAAGUAAAACACAAUGUCAUGGGAAAGAGGUCUCAUCCGGCUGUAAACGACAACUUAGAGGCUUUUGGAAAGGAUUAAGUCAGAAAUGAGACCCGUUAGACGAGCUCGAGCUAGCUUCAGAGGCUCUGAUUACCUUAUUGAAGCCCAAUUAUCUUCCUUUUGUCCUCGCUGCAUCAUUUUCAGCUUCCUAUGCAGACACCAAGUGUAGUGCAUACGAGGCCACGUCCACCGCCUGAGUCUGUUACGCUCCAGGUAUCUGCUAGUAGUUUAAGGUGCUUACAUUUUAAUAUAUAUAUAUAGUAGCCCAAUGAGCAUAUAUGUAAUAUAUUGUUGUAUAUGUUGAAGUUAAACAAUACAACCUUAAUAGUGUGAUAUAACUGUAAUUUCAAGUUAGGCAACGUGAUGUUGAGCAGCAAAAAAAACGCUGUAAAAUUGCUAAAGUUAGCUCGCUAUGCUAAUGUCGUUAGCAAGCUAACAUUACCGUUAGCCGGAACAGGGAAAAAAAACUACAAAAAUGUAACUUAAUCAAUUCGGCUUAAGUUAACAGAUUGCUAACGACGUCAUUAGCUACAUACCUAGCUAACGUUAGCAGGCUCAUGCGGUCAGUACGCGCACACCCGCCGCAAUGCCGACCUCCAGGUCUCAUGUUAAUGGUGUCCAAGCUCCCUCAGACCAACCGGCACAUCAUUGGUGGACGGUGACGGUGACAUCAGUGCACGCCCCCCCCCCCCCCCCCCCUCUGUUAACCACGUCCGUUGUUGGGUGAGGAAACUAUUUAUGUGACGUUGAUACAACUCAAACUACUUACUUCCUGCUUACAAGAAAACAAGGCCCGUUUGGGAAAUGAUGUUAUUGGUGAUGAUAUAUACUCAUAUAUAUAUAUUUAACAGUUACAAUACAUUGCAUUCUAAAUUCUUUGUUUUUGUUCCUCAGGGUGAAAUGAAUACCCCCAUGAAUAUUCACAAAGCACAGCAAUAAUGGAUUGGUGGCUUGAAGGUUGAUGUUAUCUCAAACCGGCACAUGACUAUUGAUGACAAACGUUUUAUAAUGAGACCGUUUCUAUUCCGUUUAUGAUUUGGGGCUGUGCUCCUUUUUCAGCAGGCAGUUUUGCACUGAAACUUGAUUUGUUUUCAUUUGUGUUGCCUUUUUAAGAAGUUUGCUUGUAAAUGCCAAUGUAUAUACUGCAUAUUUUGUAAAGAAAAUAUUGCAGCAGUCUACCUGCAACAAACUGGAGGUUGACACUGUGAUACGCACCUCCGGGAACACCUCGGUAAAUAUGUAAUUAAUAAGAGUGUGUUGCUUGAUUGGUGAACAUGGUGGUGUGUGAGAGGCUCAGUGGGUUUUUUUUUGUUGGUACCUCCUCUCCGCUCACUCGUAUGGUUCAGAUUAUGUUCUAGUUUAGAGCCGGUGUAAUAUUACAAGAGUGAUUUUUUAAAGUGAGUUCAACUAAAUGCUGCUGGAGGUUAUCCAAAAAUAAAGAUCCCAGUUCAGUGUGAGUCAGCGGGUCUCUGUGCACACUCCUCCAGUCUGGGGUUCAUCUCAUUUUACCCUAAAUCCUCAAAUGACAAGCCAACCAACAAUAUCUGGGCCAGGCCUCACAAACAAUAGCCUUGAGGUUAUUGCGAUGCCUCUCAUGGUAAAAUGCACAUUUUCACAUCACCACGCUCUCUUUUACCACACAUACCGUCUCAGUCACUGGACAUGAUGAACUCUUCCAGUGCUACAUGUUGGCAAACAAAUAAAAGAUGUCGAUAUUUUACGCAUCAACAUUUUGCCCCUAGCCCACAUCAUGGACUCCAUCAUCUUGGCUGAUUAGUUGUUUAUAGACGUCACAUAUGGGACAAUACACUUUAUGAUUCUGAAUACAGGCCUGGCUCUCUACAUUUGAAGUAAAUGUUUGAAUGUAUUUUCAUUCAUAUAUAAUGUGUCACAUGACCUUGUGACAGCGCUCACAGAACUCUUUGCAACAGGCUCCUGAUGUAAUGCCACACAUCCAAGCUGCUCUGCCAAUGAUUGUUUCAAUGCACUUCAAGACGGGAGGUUGAUGUUCUGGCCUUCCACACAAGUGGAGAGAGGGUACAUUUUGAUAUCCAAAGGAAUCCUUGCUUUACCUUUGUCAUUGUGAGACACCCUGACUGAGAUGGUGUUUUCCUGAAUAUGUUGUUUUUAAUUUGUGUGCUGUAAUAAAGGUUUAUUCAACAAUAA